UAUAUGUCGCUGGUUUUUUUCUCUCUCACGAGAAUAUCUCUGAAACAGGCAAGUGGAUGGUAUCAUAAUAAUGAUAUCUUCUCCAGAUCCAGUAGCAUAUAAGGUGUCGGUAAACCAAAUCUGAAGCACAGAUAGCAGGAGAGAUGGAGUGUAUCUUCAGCUGGGUUGUUUGGUCGAGUGCUUUUUUCUUCUUGGUAACUUUGAUUCUUCUACUGAAAGGUAAGGAGUCUAAAAACCCUAGACGGAAACCACCGGGGCCUUCAGGCUUGCCAAUCGUUGGCAACAUCUUUGAUCUUGGCACAAUUCCACACCAAACCCUUUACAAUCUCAUACCUAAUUACGGGCCUAUACUUUGGUUAAAGCUUGGAUCUGUCAACACCUUGGCUAUACAAUCUGCAAAGGCUGCCACUGAGUUCUUCAAAAAUCACGACCAUAUCUUUUGCGACCGCAAGUGUCCGAUUGCAGUUACAUCUCAUAACUACAAUCAGGGAUCGCUUGCAAUUGGCCAAUAUGGUGCCUACUGGCGCAUCCUUCGACGUAUUUGCUCAAUGGAGCUCUUAAUAAACAGGAGAAUCAACGACACUACUCACAUUCGGCGAAAGUGCAUAGACAACAUGUUACAGUUUAUCGAGGAAGAUGUUGCCGCAGCACAAGCGAGGGGAGAAUCAGGAGAGCUAAAUUUGGUUCAUUACCUCUUCGUUAUGGCAUUCAACAUAAUAGGCAACCUUACGUUGUCCCGGGAUCUUCUAAACUCACACUCCACAGAAGGGGAGGAGUUCUUCGCUGCGAUGAGCAAGGUCAUGGAGUGGGCUGGAGCGCCAAAUCUGGCAGAUUUCUUCCCAUUCCUGCAAAGAUUGGAUCCUCAGGGAAUCAAAAAGGGCAUGGACCGCGACAUGGGACGGGCCAUGCACAUAAUUGCUGGGUUGGUGAAAGAGAGGACGGUCAAGGAUAAUAAAAUGACCAAAGAAAAGAGGAUAAAUGACUUCCUCGACGCAGUGUUAGAGUAUGAAAGUGUUGGAAAAGAAGGACCUGACAAAAUCUCAAAUCAGAAUGUGAUCAUAAUCAUACUGGAAAUGUUUUUUGCUGGAUCAGAGACUACAAGCAGCACGCUCGAAUGGGCUAUGACAGAGCUACUCCGCAACCCUGAAUCAAUGAGAAAGAUCAAGGAGGAGCUUGAUCGGAUUGUGGGGCGAAACAGGAAGGUUGAAGAGACAGAUAUAAAUGAACUUCCUUACUUAAAGGCUGUGGUGAAGGAGACACUAAGGUUACAUCCGCCAAUUCCAUUGCUGCUUCCAAGAAAUUCAAUGCAAGAAACUGAAUUCAGUGGAUAUCAUAUACCAAAAGAUACUCAAAUUUUCGUGAAUGCAUGGGCCAUAGGAAGAGAUCCGGAAUGUUGGGUGGAACCCUUGUGUUUUAAGCCUGAGAGGUUUCUGGGAUCAAACAUUGACUACAAGGGACAAAAUUAUGAAUUGAUUCCAUUUGGAUCUGGGCGUAGAAUUUGCGUUGGGAUGUCAUUAGCUGAUCGAAUACUUCAUCUAACUAUUGCUUCUUUAAUUCACACUUUUGAGUGGGAGCUGGGCGGCAAUAUUACACCCCAGACUCUUGACAUGAGUGAGAGGAUGGGGAUAACUGUUCGGAAGCGUAUACCCUUGAAGGUAGUACUAAAGAAGUGUGUCAUUUGAAAACGAUUGCUAUCGCAAAUAAAUUCGACUUGUUAUAAAGAAUAAAGAUGUGUUUUGUAAUUUGGUUGAAAUUAUGUUUUCUAAUGUUAUCAUUUGUAAGCUUUCAGAUUUUGUACUUACUAUGAAACCCUGUUUUAUAAAGAAUAUCUUUGUCCUA